CUUCUUCACUCUCCAUAAACCCAACUCCCUUUCUCUUCUUCACAGUAGUUAGUCGAUUUCAGACUGUACUGAAAGGGCCUGGUUGGAUAUUACUUCAUACCCUCGUCUUCUUCUUCUUCUCCUCUCUCUCUCUCUCUCUCUCUCUCUCUCUCUCUUUAUCUUUCUCUCUCUCAUUUCUUUUUAGCCUUGACUGGGCCCCGGAGCCUGCACAAUCCAGCAAAUCCAACUGUGCUGCUUAUUAUUAAAUCUUAACCGAGCAGCAAACAACCCAUUACUCAGCUCCUCAAAACCCCCUUCCCCCACGACGUCCAUCAUAUUUCUCGUGUUCUCUCUUCCUGUAUUUACGUUCAAACCUCUUACUCUCUCCCUCGCUCACGCCCAUCAUCAUCGUCAUCACAUGGCGCAGAGUAUAGAAGACGGCGAGUUUUGGCUGCCUCCGGAUUUUCUCACUGAUCAAGAUGAUAUCGGCUCUGAUGGUCUUAGAAGCAGCAACAAAACCCAGAAGAAGAAUGGGUUUGGUUUGGAUACUGAAGCCCCCAAGUCUUUGUUUCCCUAUGAUUUUCCUUAUGGCUUCGGUUCUUUUGGGUUUUCCUCUGAUCUCACUUCUCCGGUUGAAUCGGUGGUCGGUUCCACCGAGUCAGAGAGCGACGAGGACGAUUACAUCGCUGGUUUAACACGGAAAAUGGCUCACUCAACUCUCGACGAUGAUUUUGCCACCUAUGAACGCAUUUACCAAUCUGAGAACGCCAAGGGCCGUGUUAUGUCCGGUUCCCCGCAAUCGACUCUGUGCACGGUUGGGAGUGGUUGUGGCUGCAAGCAGGGGUCGAACCAAGGAAGCCCAAAUUGUCAGUCUAGGGUCUCCUCACCGCCAGGAGCGUGGGAUCUGCUUUACGCAGCUGCAGGAGAAGUUGCCAGGAUGAGAAUGAACGAGAAAUCUUACGGAUACAACCAUGGCAGAGGUCUUCUGGGCCCCCCAGGAAAACCUUCGCCUGUCUCCGUUCCUGCAAAGAACCCAAAUAUUGAUGUUGGUUACUAUGCCUACCAGUCGCUUUCUCAUCAGAAGAUGCAGGCUACUCAAUUUCAUCAACUGAAACAGCAGCAGAUGAUGAAGCUACGCCCACCUGCGUGGUCUAAAGGAACUGGACAAUAUCAAAUGGUCCCUAACAGAGGAAGAAACAUUGAGUUCAUUGCAAACAGGGCAAGUGGCCGUCCUCUGGGUUUGUCACCAUCUGCAUGGCCUCCAUUGCAACAGGCACCUCAGCAGCAAAACGGGUCAGGCAUGCGGGCUGUUUUUCUUGGAAACCCUGCGGCCAAACGAGAGUGUACUGGCACUGGUGUCUUCUUGCCCCGCCGAGUAGGCACAUCUACCGAAACGCGGAAGAAACCAGCCUGCUCGACUGUUUUACUCCCGGCGAGAGUGGUGCAGGCGCUGAACUUGAAUGUGGAAGAAAUGGGUGUGCAUCCUCAGCUUCAGCCUCAACCUCGUUUGAAUUUCAAUGGCAACUUUAACACCGAAAUUGACGCCUCGUUAAGGGUUGGAAACAACAACGGCAUUUCUCAUCAGAAACGUGGAAUCAGAGCGCAGCCAGCAGUCAACUACGAGAUCCGGUUACCGCAAGAAUGGACUUACUGAUUUCAUAUAGCAGUGGGUGUUGGGUGCUUUAGGAGUUUAUAGGAAGAAAGGGGUCAAAAAGGAGAAGGGAAAAAAAAAAGAAAUGGUGGAAAUUACAGAGAUGAUAUAGAAACAGUAGGAGUUGCAGUAGUAAGUAUUAAAAGGUUAAAAAUAGGUAUUAAUAGGAAAGGAGAGUCAAAAGGAAGAAGAAGAAGAAGAAAAUGGUUCGUUUUUUCUGGUAGGUUUAGGGAAUAAUAAUAAUAUAAUGAUAAUAAUAAUAAUAAUAAAUAGAACUUUGUAGUGGCAAAUGAUAUAUGGGCGCAUCCGGCAGCGGCGGCGGCGGCAGCAGCAGCAGCAGCUUCAGCUUUUUUGUUUUUUUGUUGUUUGUUUUUGUGCAUCUGGGUUGGGCUCAAUGUAUUGAAACAGAGUGGUCGAUGGGGGGGGGGGGGGAUUUGGUGUUUUGUAUUUUGUUGUUGGGGAAAUAAGAUUUGGGGAAAUUGAGAAUAGGAAUUAGGGUUUCUAUUUUGUAUGUUUGUUUUCCUGGAAAAUGACUUUCAUUCUCCAGUUAACAUAACAUGACAUGGUGUUUUGUGUA